AUGAAAUGGAAAUGGAAUCUGAUCUACCGUACAGGUAGAAAGUAUUUCAGAAAAUUCAAGAUCCUGGACAAUUUGUUCAAUCCAUUCAAUCAUCAAAGUGAAAGUACCUACACCUCUGUAAAGGCAGAUUUGUUAAUGGAGAUAGUAAAUAAUCGAACUAAAUGUUAUCCUCAUCAUCUUCCAACUUUAACUUCUUCUACAUUCUCUGCGAUUUUGCGGCAAGUCCAAGUGGACCUCUGGAGUGACUGCAGGUGUAAUUUCGAUCGCUUCUUCAGCGCCAGCGGAGCGCCCAAAAGCAAUUACCGGGUGAAAUUUAGUGUGGGAAAAAGCGAAGUGGUCGAUUGGAUUUGGCGAUGGGUCCAGCUCUGCUCGCGGGGAAUGUCGACUUUAACGAAUAACGAUGCAGGUGGACCGCUUUUUUCAUAA